AUGGAUCUGGAAAUUUUGCAACAAAUACCGAUGAAAUUUUUGUCGCAGAAUAGGGGUGUCGCAUUACCAUUAGCAUUAAUUAAUGCCAAUACUAAUACUUUAGCAUUAGCAUUAAUGAUUAAUGCUAAUGCUUACGUAUUAGCAUUAAUCAUUAAUGCUAAUGCUUACGUAUUAGCAUUAAUCAUUAAUGCUAAUGCUUACGUAUUAGCAUUAAUCGUUAAUACUAAUGCUUUGGCAUUAAUGGCAUCAGUGUUAAUUAACCCUUUGGGUCCCAUAGUAUCAAAAAAGCUACAUCUAUUUAUAAUUACUUUACAUAACAUAAUUUAUAUAAAUUAG